CUCACAAUGAACCACGUAAAACUACUAACAUUGUUUGCAGUCGCAAUCUGUCAAGCUUUGUCGGUGUCCGUCUCAGCCACAAAUCGCAUCGUAAAUGGAUCAACUGUCGAUAUAGUGAACUAUCCCUAUCAGGUGGCAAUCAUAGCCUGGCCCAAUACGGAUGAAGAAAUCGGUUACGCAGGUGGCACACUGAUUGCCGAUACUUGGGUACUUUCGGCUGCGCAUCUGUUUCGAUCCCAGAGAGCAUCUCAUACUGGAGUACGGGUGGGUUCAUCCGAGGUCAACGAAGGAGGAACCGUUAUUGAGGUCGCUGGGUUGUCGUACCACCCGAACUACAAUCCAAAAAAUGUUGACAAUGAUUACGUAUUGCUUCGACUGAAGCAAUCCUACAGGAUAGAUCCAGUUGCCCGGGCGAUUCCAAUGGUAGAUGACGGCGAGGUGACGGCCGAUGGGACUGUGUGCACGGCCAGCGGAUGGGGUGAUACCAUGGGAACCGGCAACAACGAUACCUUGCAAGCUGUGGAUGUUCCGAUUGUCAAUCACAGUCAAUGCAAGAAGAAUUAUGCUGCAUCGAAGCUGAGCAUUACUGACAGUAUGCUGUGCGCAGGCUACGAUGAAGGAUUGCAGGAUUCAUGUACGGGUGAUUCAGGAGGUCCUCUUGUGUGCCAAGGAAAGUUAGUUGGAGUGGUAUCGUGGGGAAGAAAAUGUGCUUCAAAGAACUUCUAUGGGGUGUAUGCAAAUGUAGCCAAAGCUCGAGAUUGGAUCAAACGAAAAACUGGAAUAUAAAUUGGAUGUUUUUAAGUCAAACACUUCAAAUAUAUAGGGUAAAACGACCUAUUAUGGAGGGGUUAAGCCCCGUGUCAAAACAAAAUUGAUUUCAAAAAUUCUUUAAAAAUGACCUGUUGGUCUUUUUCCACAUUGCAAUAGUCGAAUAGGUUGCUCGUUAACUAUAGAUUCGUAAAUAUUACGUCAAUUGUGGUAAAAUUAUGUUGUUUUGUUAUUAUCACAAUAAAAACAAACUACCGCAAUAAUAGGAUGCUGUUGCCUAUCGUUGCGACAUUUUUUCAAGGUCAGUCCUAUUGUUGCGGUAUUGCAUGCAAUUCUUAUGGAAAUCGAUACCACAACAAUAGGACCUUAGCACUACUGCAAUAAUAGGCUCAAAGGAUUCAAAUUUUUAAUGAAAAAUGUUGAUUUUUCAUUAUUUUGAACGGAAUUUUAUCAAACAAAAGCUGUUCUAGUCGUUCAUUCGAUGAGUUUUAGCGUAUCGACAAUUGUUUUUAUGCUAUUUUAACACUACCGCAACAUUAGAACAUACCACAACGAUAGGACGUUUUACGUAUUUUAUAUUCUCCAUAUGUGUUGCCCACUACUUAUAUACAUAGUGCAAUUGUUCCAUCAUUUCACUGAAACAAAGUUAUUUCAUGUCUAAUUAAAGAAAUAAAGCACCACAUUUGUCGGAUUUUACUUACAUGUGUGCCUUUAAUCCUUUC